CUCUUUGUGCAGUGUUUGGUCUGUGCUGGUGACGCUGUGCCGUCAGAAAGUUCACCUUUCCAAGAUAUUUCGUGUGGUGAAUUAGACAUGGAUCCACUGUUGCCCACCCUGAGCAUCGUUGACACCAGUGUGCCACAGGACAGACAACAGUGCUUUCUUAAACCAUCGAAGGACGCCAAGACCCUGGCCUCUCGCAACAGGUGCUUCGAGCGGAACACUAGCCAGGACAAAAAAACUGCUUGUGAGGAAGCUAAAAAAAGAUGCCAGCACAUUACUUGUGCGCCAUCUGAGGUCCAGUAUCUCGGCCAGCUCAUUCUAAACUUUGGCAAGUACAAUGGACAAAGUUUUAAAUGGCUGGUGGAGAAUGACGUUGGCUACAUUAAAUAUGUGCUGGAUCUACACAUCAAGGAGCGUCGCCAUCAAGGAAGAAAAGAGGGCCCAGGUGAGUAUAUAAAGGAUCUUCUGUUACAGUAUGUGCAACUGUUUCCACAGGUUUCCUGCCACCUCGAGGUCAACGUCGACAGUGCCAUCUACGGUCAGGGCCGCUUCAGAUCCUUCACGUUCCUGGAGAUGUGGCAGUGGUACAGCCUGCACAAGACCCUGCAGGCGGAUCCACAAGCUGGUAGUGCCCAAGAAAAGAAGAUGGCACAGGAGGCGUUCUGCUCUGUGCGGCAGUGGCUGACGAUGAAGGAGGAGGACAUCAGCGUCAAGACACUGAAGCGGUUCCGGCAGUACAUUCUCAACAAAGAGAAACCCCUAGAAGACAGGCCUCUUCCUGCAGCGGCGGCCAGCUCCAGCUCGUCGGGAUCUAGAGGUGAUGGUGGAUGGGCGGAUGAUGCGCUACUGGUGGAAGCCCUCAGUGCUUUCGAAGCACAAGGUGUAUAUCACUUUAAUUGUUCAUGUACCAUAGCAUAAAUCUUUUAUUAAUAAAUAAAUCAAUUACA